UGGGGCUGAGCGACACUUCAAGCUGGAAGGAGCCGGGCUCUGUAAGGCCAUGUUUCGCAGAUUGCUGCGUCUUGGCUUGGGCCCGGGCCUCCCAAACCGGGGGCUACGCACACGCAGAGGAGGCUUUACUCUGGGUAAAGCUGAGGGCAGCAGAGAGUAUAUUAUACGGAGUGAUUCUGGGGUACCCAUAACCUCCACCUAUGUGACCUUCAAGGUUUGACACCCUGCCUCAUGCUGGCGGGACAGCGAGUUAGCUGGGGACUGGGGUAGGCUUGCCUGCUAGAGAUUAAAGAGCCAAGACAGGUAUAUGGAGCUCAAGGAGGCCCUUUCCAGAGGACAAUUCCAUGUAAAUGGAAGCUUGCUGGUGGUAGUGGAUGUUAAGGAUAAGGGACCAUAUAAAGUUGGCCAGCUUUAGAAGGCUGUGUGGUAAUGAAGUAUACUAGGAACUCAUGUUUCCUGCGCCUGGGAUACCUGAAUGGGCUGACUGCAGUUGAAUAUCUGAGAAUGGAUUCAGGAGGGAGAGAGGUCUGCAGGAGCUAAAUAUGUGAGUCACCUAGCAUGUCCAGGGAAGUAGAAAGUGUAAUUUUAGGAAGUCGAAUCUUUCACUGCUAGAGGAGGUGCAUAAUAGUGGGGACUGAUGGGGCAAAGACGGAUCAGCAAAGUUGUUACAGUACUGCUGCGUGUGAGUUGAUCUUGUGAGGAAGGAUGACAUUGGAGACGUGCCAACCCACAUGUCUAUUCGGGCCACCUUUUCCUGUGCCCAUCCUCCAACCCCACAGCAUGUGGGAAGGAAACCUAAGUCCCUCUAACGGUAACUAUGUCCUGCAGACUGGGAUGCAAAGGUGUCUGAGUUUAAGAAGAAGAUUGAGUGCAUCCUGCCUGGAAAGCAAUGGGAAUUGCUGUACGACACCAGCCACCUGCCCCCCAAACAAUCGGAUGUGGUCAUCGUAGGAGGUGGGAUCCUUGGUCUGUCUGUGGCCUUUUGGCUGAAGAAGCUGGAAAGUAGACGAGGUGCCAUCCGGGUGAUGGUGGUGGAACAAGACCACACGGGCCUUCUGUGGGCGGGAUUUGGCAGCAAUUUUCUGUGCCUGAGAAUGUCCAACUCUCCCUCUUUUCAAUCAACUUUCUGCGGAACAUAAACGAAUACCUGGCUGUAGUGGAUGCCCCUCUUGUGGACCUCCGGUUCAACCCCUCAGGCUGUCUCUUGCUAGCUUCAGAAAAAGAUGCUGCCACCUUGGAAAGCAAUGUGAAAAUGCAAAGGCAGGAAGGAGCCAAAGUCUGUCUGAUGUCUCCUGAGCAGCUCCAGAACAAGUUUCCCUGGAUAAACAUAGAAGGAGUGGCUGUGGCCUCGUAUGGGAUGGAGGAUGAAGGUUGGUUUGAUGCCCGGGCUCUGCUCCAGGGUCUUCGUCGAAAGGUCCAAUCAAUGGGAGUCUUACUCUGCCAGGGAGAGGUGACACGUCUCAUCACUUCAUCUAGCCAAGCAGAGACCUCAAGUGGGGAACCGGUAGUCUUGAGAAGAAUUCACAAAGUCCAUGUAAAAAUGGACAAGAGCCUGGAGUAUCAGCCAGUGGAAUGUGCUGCCGUGGUCAAUGCCGCAGGAGCCUGGUCUGGGAAAAUUGCAGAGCUGGCUGGUAUUGGGAAGGGACUCCCUGGUACUCUGCAGGGCACCAAGCUACCUGUGGAGCCAAGGAAAAGGUAUGUGCACUUAUGGCACUGCCCCCAGGGACCAGGUCUGGAGACACCGUUGGUUGCAGACAUCAAUGGAGUCUAUUUUCGACGGGAAGGACUGGGCAGCAAAUACUUAGGUGGCUGUAGCCCCACUGAGGAGGAAGAACCAGACCCAACAAAUCUGGAAGUAGACCAUGAUUUCUUCCGGAACAAAGUAUGGCCCCAUUUGGUCCAGAGGGUGCCAUCUUUUAAGACUCUGGAGGUACAGAGUGCCUGGGCUGGCUAUUAUGACUAUAACACUUUUGACCAGAAUGGCGUGGUGGGCCCCCACCCACUAGUUGUCAACAUGUACUUUGCUACGGGCUUCAGUGGUCGGGGACUUCAGCAUGCACCUGGCAUCGGUCGAGCUGUGGCCGAAGUGGUACUGGAGGGCCAGUUCAAGACCAUCAACAUGAGCCCCUUCCUCUUCACCCGCUUUUACGUAGGAGAGAAGUUACAGGAGUUCAGUAUCCUCUGAGCAUGAAAACUUCCCUGGGCCUCGCCAGCCCAGGCGCUGUCCUUGUCUCACACUGGCUGUGGUCACUGCCCGAGUGGCCCCAGGACAGUGCCACGGCUCCAUCCCUACCCUCACCAUCCUCUAAGCCGGACCACUCUGCCCCAGUGUCUCUGGACAGGGAAUGCGCACAGGCACAGAGACCCAGGCCAAUGGAGAGUGAUGAAUGGGACCCUAGGACCGACUGCAGCCCAGGCUGAUGCCACCAUCCAAAACAGUUCGACUGGCAUCCUGGGUAUGGGGCCCAGGACUGGCCUCCUUCCUGGUACAGGAAAUGGGUCUCUGACCCUCUGGCCAGAGCCCAGGCACACAGCAUUCUAGGACUGCCUGGACCAAAUUUAUCAACUCAUCUGUUAACCUAGUCUCCAGUCAGUGUAUGUGAUUAACCCUUCCCCUCUGCUCUUGUGUUCCUUCUGCUUCUCUUCUCAAGGUAGAAGCUUUUGAAGUAUUGCCAUUAAAAAGGCAGCCUCGUC